AGAUAGUCAUGGACACAAAGCUCAAAGUGCCCCUCUUAGAACGCCUGACACAACGCCGGACCCCGGAAUCAGCUGGAGAUGGUGGCCUGAACCGCUGCCUCGGUAUCUUCGACCUCGUUAACUCUGGCUUUUCCAUCGUGGUGGGAGCAGGUAUCUUCGUGAUAACACCCGUUUUGACAGCCAACACGACAGGUCCAGCUGUCACCAUCAGCUACUUGAUUGCUGGUUUAGCAGCUCUAGUCAGUGCGCUCACGUACGCUGAGCUGGCAUCCCGGUUUGCGGGGAUAGGCUCUGCGUAUUUGUACGUUUAUUACGUGUUGGGCGAGCUUGCUGCUGGGGUUAUUGGUAUCAGCAUGCUAAUCGAGUGGAUGAUAGGACUUGCAAGUCUCAUAAAGUCGCUCUCAAUAUACGCUGACCAGCUCAUUUUGAACGGAACCAUUAUAGCCUGGGAGGGCAAGAACCUGGCAGUGGAAGUCCCCUACAUGACUAAAUAUGUGGACCUGUUCGCACUGCUCAUCCUGCUGCUAUGUGGGGGGUUGAACUUGUGGGGGGUCAAGGAGACUGUGGUCGUCUCAGCUAUAUGUAACGUUGUUGUCAUGGCUUCUCUCAUUCUGAUAAUCGUAAUGGGUUUCGUGAAGGGCUCUACAGAUAACUGGUUCCGUGUUGUCCCUGAAGAUGCUGAUCAUGGAACUGGUGGCUACUUUCCUUAUGGAGCUACAGGGGUCUUUACAGGCGCUUCCUUGGCUUAUUUCUCGUAUGGAGGAUUUGACGCUAUAGCUUGUCUAGGCUGUGAAGCCAGAAACCCUCAAAAAGACAUUCCCAUCUCCAUGGUUCUCACUUUUGGACUCAUCAUGUCUCUCUACAUGGCGGUAUGCGGUGCUAUUACAUAUGUUGCUCCUUACUAUACCCUGACCCAUGAAGCAGGAAUGGCCCUGGCCUUUGCAUCGGUCCCGUGGGUUGUAAAGGUGGUAUCUGUGGGAGCAAUCCUCGCUACAGCAACGGGCAGUUUCGCCUCAGUCCUCGCCACCUCAAGAGUUGUUUUCGGCAUGGCACAAGACGGAAUCAUGUACAAAAAGCUAACCUACGUGAGCUCCACUCAGGUUCCAGUGGUGGCUAUCAUCAUUUCAUUGAUUCUGCCCGCUCUUGGAAUUAUCCUCCUUGACAUAGAGGAACUUGUCAUGAUGAACUCUGGAGGAUCUCUGAUUUGCUUCUGUUUGACCAAUAUAUGUGUGAUAGUUGGAAGGUACCAGCCACCUCACACCGAGAGUAAAGGUGUGUACACUGCCGCUGAAAAACAAGCCAUUCUAGCAACUCUCACAUUCUGGGCAUGCUCGCUUGCCUCAUGUGCUUGCUUCAAAAACAUUGGCUCGAUAAUAACCGCUCUCUCUACAGGAUUGUUUUUCCUACUACUUGGUGUCAUAAUCCUGUGCUUUAUGCGAUUGAAACUAAAGGAGGUUUGGGAACCGUGCACCUUCAAGUGUCCCCUGGUUCCCUGGCUACCUGCAGCAGGGGUUCUCGUUAACAGUUCCCUCAUGGUCAGUCUCCCCCUUAUGACAUGGGCCAGGGUGGGGGUCUGUCUUUGUCUAGGCCUGACCAGCUAUGCCACCUACGGAGUUUACAACUCUAACAUUACAGUCGACAAGAUGCAGGGUGACUUUAAUUACAGUGGUGACUCAGAGAGGAUGUCAAUACGAUCUGUAAAUUCACCUUACACCGAUACAGACAAACUGGUUGAUAAUGAGUUUUAGUUUUUCCCCAUUUAGAUACAAGAUAGCAGAUUUUAUAUAUUUUCAUUUUUGAUUUAUUUCAGAUAAAAAGGGGUAAGCAUAUGGUGACAAUUUAAUUGAUAAUAAGUUGUAGAAUGUUGAGUUUAGAGAUUUUGAA